AUGGCUUUUGCAAACAGAACUUUGUCACUCUUUGUCGUUCUCGUCGUCUUGCUUGCAACUUUGGCAGCGUCCAAGCCAAUCCCGGAACUUGAUAAAAGAGCUGUCCUAACCCUUUUGCCGCAACCUAGUGCUUGGGCUAUUCAGACUACACAAACUGCUAGCUGGUCGUGUCCUCAAUGCCAUCCUACAGACUUGGUAAAGAUUUCCGUCGACUGCAAUGGUAAUACGGUAUUUACUACAACUGGUACCAACGCUUUUAGCGGUCAAGCAAACAUCAAAGUCGAUCCAAGUUGGGCUGUUAACGGCUAUAUUUGUAAACUUGAAGCAUCGCUUCCAAAUGAUGCUAGCGUUUCUGCAACUACUAGUUCGACAUUUACUAUUGUUAAUUAG